AUAUGAUCGCCAUUUGCGCGCUUGUCAUUCAAGGUCAGUAAAAUAAACAUAACCUCCAGUGACUAUUGCGACUGAAAUGGUCGCUUAAAAUCAGUCGAGAUGUCAACACGGCUGCGACAGUCGUUUACAUUGUGCCAUUCAACGACAUAAAUUCUUCCGAAUACGUCAAACAUCAAAUAACAAUUUUUGUGCCACUAUGGAACUUAUGCGGAACCUCGUCGGCUAUAAUUUGAAACGAUCUCUCCUGAAAGUGUCUGCAACACGUUUGCAACACGCGCGAUACAUCAGAUUAGCAGAAGUUGGUAAAUUGGAAACACCAAAGCUGCAAGGAAAGUAUGAAACAGGCCAGUUAAUUUUGCACAGAGUUUUUGGCUACAGAGGUGUAAUUCUAUUCCCAUGGCUAGCAAAGGUUUAUGACAGAGAUAUAUCUAAUAAAAAAAAUGAAAAAAGCAGCAAUUUUAACAGUGCUGGUGAGAAAGAAGUAAAAGGCAUAACACAUACAUUUUAUCAAGUAUUGAUUGAUCAACGAGAUUGUCCUUAUAUACGUGCCCAAACAGAAGCAGUGACUUUUCUGGGCAAUCAUGAAAGUAGUCGUAGCUUAUACGCUAUCCCAGGAUUAGAUUAUGUUGCCCAUGAAGAUGUAUUGCCAUAUAGUACAAAUGAGAAAGCGGCAUUGCAACAUGAACUGUUCGAUAAAUUUUUGACCUAUCACCCAGAUAAAGAACCUUGUUUUGUUGCACAAGAGACUCUUCGAGCAUGGCAGAAAAAAAAUCAUCCGUGGCUCGAACUGUCGGAUGUACAUAAAGAAACGACUGAAAAUAUUCGCGUUACUGUUAUACCAUUUUACAUGGGUUGCAGGGAAAGCCAAACUACUUCUGUAUAUUGGUGGCGCUAUUGUAUCAGACUAGAAAACUUGGGUGAAUUAAGUGUGCAAUUGCGCGAAAGACAUUGGAGAAUAUUCAGUCUGUCAGGUACAUUGGAAACUGUAAGAGGAAGAGGUGUGGUAGGUCAAGAACCUGUACUGUCAAAAGCUUUACCUGCUUUUCAAUAUAGCAGUCACGUGAGUCUGCAAGCUCCUAGUGGUCACAUGUGGGGAACGUUCAGGAUGGAAAGAGAAGAUGGUUAUGCAUUUGAUUGUAGGAUACCACCUUUUUCGUUGGAAUCUAAAGCGGAAGAACCGUCUACGCCCAAUGUAGAAAUUUAGCUCAAAGAACAGAAUAAUAUUUCUAAGAUGACAUUAGAUCUAAUCAUGUAACAAUUAUUAGAUGAUACAUUUUAAGUAUCUAUGACAAAGAGACAAAGUUGAGUGCUUGAUUUUAAGUGUGCAUUUUGUGAUAACUUUUGAAAUCAAUCUUCUUGAAAUAGUUAAUAAAAUUAUAGAUAAAUAUA